UUAUAUCACGCCAACUUUCUGGGCCCCACAACACACAGAAAAUUCUAGAAGCCCAACCCUCUAUAUAUUCCAAUGUCGCCAAAUUCAUUCAAAACCCUAAUUUUCCCCCAAUUUCAUCUCCAUUAGCUCUCAAUCUUCUCAUUUUCGAUCCCAAAUCAUCCAAUUCUUCCGUUUUCCCUUGCUUCCGCAUCUCCUCGAUCAGGGUUUGGUUUGUUGACGUGAGAGGAAAGUUUCGGAUUGUAAGGUGUGGUGAUGGCGUCAAAGCGUAUCAUUAAGGAACUCAAGGAUUUGCAGAAGGAUCCUCCUACGUCAUGCAGUGCUGGUCCUGUUGCUGAGGACAUGUUUCAUUGGCAAGCAACAAUAAUGGGACCUUCGGAUAGCCCUUACUCUGGUGGGGUGUUUCUCGUCAAUAUUCAUUUCCCCCCUGAUUACCCAUUUAAGCCCCCAAAGGUUGCAUUUAGGACGAAGGUGUUUCAUCCAAACAUCAAUAGCAACGGUAGCAUAUGUUUGGAUAUCCUCAAGGAACAAUGGAGUCCAGCACUAACAAUCUCCAAGGUGUUGCUUUCCAUCUGCUCACUGUUGACAGACCCGAACCCUGAUGAUCCGUUGGUGCCAGAGAUUGCUCACAUGUAUAAAACCGACAAGUCCAAGUACGAGGCCACUGCUCGUAGCUGGACGCAGAAGUAUGCCAUGGGCUAAUCUCUCGAGUCUCGUUUGAAUCAAAUCGAUUGUUGGAAGAAUAAAAAAUGUUGGUUUUUCACUUUUUAUUCUUGGAAUGUCUCAAUGAAGAAAUGGUUGUUAAGAUUGUCUCAGUUUGUGUAAUAUUGAAAUGAUUUUAAUCAAAGAGACUCAUUUUAGAAAGAAUGGCAUCUUUGUUAUUUGCUUA